GGCUAACCCAGGCAACAAAAAGCGUAGCAGCACAGCGCAUUCGUGCCAGCGAGGGCAGCGAGAGAGCCACAGCAAUACCUUCGAAGGCGGAGGCUGCAAAAAACGAGAAAUAACAUCCGCGGCGCGGCCGACUAAGCACCAGCAAAAUAGCAUCAAUUGGCAGAAUCUCAUCGAUGGAUUUCGCCUCAAUGCUCAGCUCUUACGACGGCGCCGCAGCGGCCCCAGCGCCAGCCCCAGCACGCAUCCCCAAAAAGAGCAAGGAGAGCCGAUUAUCAAGAGACGAGCGUCGGCUGCGCGACGCAUUAGAACAAGGCGCGCAGCAGGCUUUGAGUGAUGCGAGGCGCGCCGUCGCCGACCGGCCGCCGAAGAAACGAAUAGCGGUCUGUUUUACAAUUGUGGACGGCCUGCCGCACGAGCGCUGCUGGCGGCGCUGGGCCGCCGAAUUGGAGAAAAGGGGCGUGGACGUGCGCUUCUACGCCCACGCCCACCGGCGCGAGAAGGCCCAGCGGUCGUCGGCCUGGCUCGCGGAGCGUAUGAUCCGGGACCACUACGAGACGCGCUGGGGGUCGAUCGAAUUAGUAAGGGCGACGCUCGCACUCCUCGACGACGCGCUGAGGGACGACCCCGCGCUCGUCGCCUUCGCGUCGGAGACGUGCGUGCCGAUUGAUGUGGACGCGGCCGCGGCGCUCGUAUCAAAGCCGACGACGUUCCUGCAGUGCACGUGCCGGCCGGACAACGGCUACGCGCGCGAGCGCCAGUGGGAGAAGGUCGACCGCGUCAUCGAGGCCGCCAAAAUUUGUAAAGCGGACCAGUGGGUCGCGCUCUCCGCGACGCACGCGCGCGCGUGCGCCGCGCUCGACGCCUGCGUGCGCCGGGAGGCGCGCUCUCAAGGUGCGCGCGACGCGCCGUCGUUGUGGCGCCUGCUGCGCCGGUGCACGGCGGCCGACGAGCUGCUCUUCCCGGUCUCGCUCGCGCUCAUGGGCGAGCUGCGGAAGCCCGACGGCGCGUCCGUGCCGGGCACGGCGCGCCUCGCGCCGGAGCGGUCUGCGGACAUCGAAGACAAGCGCCUCACCUACUGCGACUGGUCGCGGGGCGGCACGUCGCCGAAGACCUUCGACGCGCUCACGGCCGACGUCGUCCGCGCGGCGCGCGGCGCGGGCUGCCUCUUCGCGCGCAAGGUCGCGGCCGCCGUCGACGAGGCGACCUGGGCGGCGCUCGUGCUCCCGGCGAAGCGCGGGCGCGACGACGCCGAUGGCGGGGACUCGUCGCCGAAGCGGGCGCGCGGUGACGGCGCGCCGGCGGCGGAGUAG